UCCACUUCCUAAGAAACACCACCACGCACUCAUCUUCUCUUUCUAUAACUUUCUCUCUCUAGCUCUUGGUCGUUUCUCCUCAUAUUUCUGCAUUUAUUCUCUUAUUUUCGAGAGCAUAAAAAAAAGCAAUAAUAUUAAUUGAAAAAUUUUGUUCAUUCAUUAAUUCUGAAUAAGAGAGGAUCGGUCGAUCGAUCGAUGAUGAGUUGUAAUGGGUGUCGUGUUCUACGAAAGGGAUGCAGCGAGGCGUGCAUUUUACGGGCGUGCAUAGAGUGGAUUCAAACUGCUGAAGCACAAGCUAAUGCUACCCUUUUUGUUGCUAAAUUUUUUGGCCGUGCCGAUCUUAUGUCUUUCAUUUCUGAUGUUCCUAACCAUCAACGUCCAGCAUUGUUCCAGUCGCUCCUAUUUGAAGCAUGCGGAAGGACGGUAAACCCAGUAAAUGGAGCCGUUGGACUUCUCUCUUCAGGAAACUGGCACAUUUGUGAAGCUGCCGUGGACACCAUCUUACGUGGCGGAAUCCUACGACCUAUUCCACCACAAUUCCUACCACGUGCAGCUGCUCCACCACCAGCUGUCAUCCAUACCGACACCUUGCAGUUUCCCAACGUGUACGGUAUUCCGUACCAGUUACUGCACCAACCCAUGCGUUUACUCAAUUAUGACGUCAUUGAAGAGGGCCCACAGAGAAUGAGGGAAACGACGCCGUUUGGUUCUGAAUCAUCUGCAAUAACAAUUAAUUUUGAAGAAAAUGACAGAGAUGCCCUCUGUGGAGGAAUCGGACAAGAGAGGAAGCUUCUCAAUCUUUUUAUCUGAGAUCUAAAUUCAGUUUUCUUCCUCUUAUCGUCGUGAAUAAAUUAUUCCGGGAAAAAUUUUGCCAUUUUUCUUUUUUUUUUUUAAUAAAAUAUAUUUGAGAUUAGAAUAAGUAGAAGAAGAAAAACUUCGGGUAUGAAUAAGCUCAUGUCUUUUUUGUUUUUAUUUAAGAAAAAGAAUGUUAACAUUAGGGGCGAAUUUUGAAAAAAAAAAAUUAAUAUUACUUAUAAUUCAAAAGGAAUUACUAGUAUC